AUGUCACAAAACGAACCAAAACUAAAGAGUGGCUCGUCACUUUCCGAAGAAAUUUGUGAGCUGAACGAUCAUGACAGUCAUCUAUGGGACGGUUACGGUAUUCUGCCGGCUUCUUUCGAUCCAAAUCAUCAGAAAUACAAGUGUUGUUGUGGACAUAUGCACGCUAUGACAGGAGUCCAGAUAAUUGUUGCCCUCCUGAGUAUCACCGUACUUUUUGAUAUGUGGCAGGUGAUUGGUGGAUUAGCUGCUUCUCCAAGACUAGACAAGUACGACAUGGUCACCGUAGCGGUUCGUUUCGGCAUAGGUGCUGGGAUCACAAUUACUAUUUUAGUCUCAUUAAUUACUGAGAGAGCAGCGCUGCUGAUACCUUACCUAAUUUUACAGGGAGCCGGUUUAGCCGCAGGAAUGGUGUUUUUUGUCGCCUUCCUAUAUAUUUCGCUAUUCGGUGAUCGUACGACAGCCGUUUCAUUUCUUCGAACACAUGGACAUUCCAUUAGUUCUCAGGAAGAUAAACAAUUGAAUUAUGUCAGUUGGUUGAUGGUGAUCUCAUUCGCAAUUAUUAUUUUAUUGCAAAUUUGGCUGAUGAGUAUCGUAAUUGCUUGCUGGAGGUACAUGAGAGACAAAAGAGCUUUUGGGAAAAGUAUCGAAGAAUUCGAAGUACCAUCAAGGCCGGCAUCUGACAAGAAUUCCGUAACUGUCAGACGUUCAGCUGACUAUUCCGACGCACCGCAACGAAGCGCUACACGGACAGCAAGCACAUGCUUGGAUUAUGUAUGA